AUGGAAAACACCAAAGCCCUCUCAAACCUCGCUUCCAAGUCCCCCUAUCUCGGCCUCAAAAACUACCCCCAAAACCCCCUCAAAACCAACUACCAAGAAUUCAAAUCCGGUAAAUAAACUAAAAUCUUCCUCCAAAAGUCCUAAGAGACUAUCUGUACGUGAAGAAUGCAGACAUGAAGAAUCUCAAGAGGAGAGGAGUUCAAGAAGUGAGCUAGAGGAUGGACAAGAGGAAAGUACAGAAGAGAGAAAGUUUAAGGAUCAGAGUGUACAAGAUACUGGGGACGGGAAGGAAACAGAGACGAUACAGAAGGAAGUUGGACGAGAUGGAGAAGGAAGAGAGGAUCAGGAGAUUGAAAGAAUGACAGAAACUUCCCCAACACCUAAAAAUGUCAUCCUUUCGAAGCAUAUUUUACCUCAGGUUGAGAGGGAAGUUGAUAAAGAGUAUGACAAGAGUUUGAAGUUCCAGAUUAAUCCGAAUUUGAAAAUAAAAGAGAGAAUGAAUGAAACAGGAAAUACUAUUAAUAAAGCAAUGGACUCUAAUUAUAGUGAGAGCAUUGGAUGGCUUGACAGUAAAUUUACAGACAAACGUUACCGAGGACUCAUAUCGAAAAAGCCUGAAAUAAGAGAAAAAUUUAGUUCACAAAGAAAAUCUGGAGUUAAUGUAUUCAGCACUGCAAACUCUGGAAAAUAAGGUCAAUGACUUUAUUCUUAUUGGAAAGGUAAGAAAUCUCGAUUUUCCAAAUUCUAUCCAAAAGAAGUCAAAUCAGUAUGUCAAGACAAGAACUAGUGUAAACUAUGAAAAUUUAAGAGAUAACUAUAACGAUACUAUACAAACUUCAAUGGAGAGUGUCGAGAGCCAUGAAAAUAUGGAUGACUCCCCAAGCAAACCAAUGGUAAAGCUCCUUCUAGAUCGAGCUAAAAAUAGCAAAGUUCCUCCAAAACCCUCUUAUAAUGAGGACUUAGAAAGGGAUGACCUAGAUAACGACUAUUUUGGGACUUCUGAGGAUAAAUAAUAAACUAGGCACUAUUUCUGAAGUGAAAAAGAACUUUAAAAGGAACUAUUCUUUUGCUAGAUACUACACAGAAACAAUUCAAGGAGAGGCUUCAUACCCCAGAGAACGAUACAGCAAUGAAUUUCUAAUCAAGAACACUAAAUCCAAUGAAACUGUAAAAUCUAAAGCUGCAAGCAGUCAGUAUGAGCCAAAUGAAUUUAUUACCAGGAAAAAUAAUAAAAUGCACAAGAGCUUCCUUGAAGGCCAGGAUAUCCAGCAUGAGAUAAAACCAACUGGGUCUGAGACCAAGUACAAGAGUCAGAAGAAGAUCCAUCUUGGCAAGAAUCAGUGCGAUUUCGGGCUCAGCUCCAAAGUGAAGAGCAAGAAUAAUUUAAGAUAUGGAAUCAAAAAUAUGAUGCAAUCCUCACCAAGGAAAAAUAAGAUAGAUUGAAUGAAGAAGGCUAACUCUGUCAGGCCUGAUUUCAUUAAAAGCAACAUUGAAUCAUUAAGGACUUUACAGAGUGAAGUUCAGUUAAAUUCAAAUUUACACUCACUUUCUGGGAGCCAAAUGUUUGAAACUUCUAUAAACAGAACCAAUGGUAUCGAUGAGAGAAGAAUCAAAGAAGAGCGUACAAGGAGAAUUCUAGAGAAAUAAAUGCUCAGAUCAAAUAAAAAUGGUUAAAAAGAAAGAAAAUUAUGUUCAGCCUCAUAUUAGCAACAGAAGUGUCAGCAAUAUUGUUGAUAUGGAUGUAGGAAGAAAGAAAAAUUCUGAAAGAGCUAAUCUUCCCUUAUUAAAGAAGAUCAACAACGACUCAGAAAUGAAAGAUAUGAUCUCAAAACUUUCUUACAGCUUAAUCAAGAUGAAAAACUCCCACACCGCUUCAAAAUAUACCAAUCGCAAAGACAACGUCUCUAUCAUCAAACAAGUCAUGAGAUCAAAGCAGAAACACGGCGAAUCUUACCAUUUCAAAGACUACAGCGAAAACAUCACCCAGAGCUACGAUUUCUCCAUCCACUCCAAUCCCUCCCACCUCCCUCACGCCCGGAACAAAUCCUCCGAAAUCCCCUCCUCCUCCACCUCCUACCCCCUCCAAGCUCCCACUUCCCCCGUCCGGAAAGCUCUCCACUACUUCCUCACCCAAAAGUCCAAAGGUCACACCCCAAUCGACUACACAAAGUACUUCUGGGUCAACAACCACAAGUACAUUAACAAGUUCACAUCUUUAUAAC